AUGGCAACCGAACGGCGGGCUAGCGGCCAGGACCCGAUGACAGAGAACCACGACGACGAGCACAUGAGCGAGACGAGCUCCCCAGAUCGCGACCAGGAAUAUGGACUUGCCGAACAAGCCGGUAACGGUGAAGGCGAACAGCGUGACGCGACGGAGACCGGCCAGAAACCAGCAUGGAGCGAACUCAAGACCAAGGCUGGGAAGGAAAGGAAGCGCCUGCCACUUGCGUGCAUUGCCUGUCGGAGGAAGAAGAUUCGAUGUUCUGGCGAAAAGCCGGCAUGCAAGCAUUGCCAGAAAUCACGAAUACCUUGCGUGUACAAAGUGACCACACGCAAGGCCGCGCCGCGAACAGACUACAUGGCGAUGUUAGACAGGCGACUCAAGCGCAUGGAAGAGCGGGUGAUCAAGACUAUCCCGGCCGGGGAAACGAGGGAUAUGGCUGCCAUCGGAAGGAGCCAUGUAAGACCGGCGCUGCCCUCGCGACACUCGAAGCAGUCAAGGGUCACCACCCAACACAAGCGGGCAGCGGAUGAAGCCUUUGCUGCGAAAUAUGAUUUCUGGAUAAAUCCGCCUCAGAACACCGCUGGAGAACACACAUUGCCGGUGACGGGGGUUUCGAAAUCUCAUGAAGGGAAAGAACUGCUUAUCGAGGGCGCCGAAUUUCUCCCUUCAAUGGAUAUACAGGAACAUCUAUCAGAAGUAUUCUUUGAUUGCGUCUAUGGUCAGUCUUAUCUUCUGCUGCACCGCUCCAGUUUUAUGCGCAGACUCAGAGCAGGAACUGUUCCUCCUGUCUUAAUUCUGGCCGUCUGUGCCGUGUCCGCUCGAUUCUCUACGCACCCUCAGAUCAAUGCCGAACCGGCUUUUCUCAGAGGGGAAAACUGGGCCAGGCCGGCAGCAAGGAUAGCCUUGAGUCGUCACGAUGAGCCCAAUAUCACCAUUCUCACCGUCUUCCUUCUUUUGGGUCUCCAUGAGUUCGGCACAUGUCAUGGUGGACGGAGUUGGUCCUUUGGAGGGCAGGCAUUGAGGAUGGCCUAUGCGUUGCAACUUCAUCAAGAAGUGGGCCAUAAUACGCCGGGACAUGGUAAUGGGAAAUUGGCCGAGUUAAGUUAUACAGACAAAGAAAUCCGAAGACGCACGAUGUGGGCAUGCUUCUUGAUGGACAGAUACAAUUCUUCAGGGAGCCAGCGCCCGCCUAUCGGGAACGAGAAAUUUAUACAAAUUCAACUUCCUGUCAAAGAGUCACACUUCCUAAUGGAGAUCCCAGGACCGACAGAGGAUUUGAAUGGCGACGUACCCAAUCGCGCCCGCGCCCCGGAGGGCCAAGGCCAACUUACUGAUCCAAAAGCGAACAUGGGUGCUUCAGCGUACAUAAUCCGUGCAAUUGUCAUAUGGGGUCAUAUCGUCGACUACCUCAACCUUGGAGGGAAAAAGAGGGAAUCCGUUCCCUUAUGGGAUCCAACCUCGGCAUAUACAAUGCUUAGGGGCGAAAUAGACAAUUUUGCUUCCUCUCUACCAAGCUCACUCGAAUUUACCCAGGAAAACCUUCACAUUCACGCGGCAGACAAGGUUGCCAACCAAUUUAUAUUUUUGCACAUCAUCAUUCACCAGACUAUUCUAUUCCUCAAUCAAUUUGCCAUCCCCUUAGCGCCUGGAGGCCGACCACCGAAAGGCAUGCCAAGGUCCUUUCUGAAUGAUGCAGGCCGAGCUGCUGUGGAGGCAGCACAUCAUAUAUCGAUGCUGAUUGAUCAAGCAAGCGGCUACUCAUUAACAGUUCCAUUUGCGGGAUACUGUGCCUACUCGGCCAGUACAGUGCAUAUAUGGGGAAUAUUUUCCAAAAAUGCACAAUUAGAAGCACGAUCAAAGGAAAACUUGAGGCAUACCUACCGCUAUCUUAAUAAGAUGAAGAGAUAUUGGGGCAUGUUUCAUUACAUGGUAGAAAGUGCCAAAGACAGGUACCGGCAAUUCGCUGAUGCGGCGAUUCGAGGCUUGCCUGUGCAAAGUUCACUGACAGAUGAAACACCUUCGAUGUUUCAAUACGGCGACUGGUUUGAUAAAUAUCCACAUGGCGUAUCCCCGAUGCACUGGGAGGACCCUGAUACCAAUAAAAAGAGAGAAAUCGGCGACGAUGCGGUGAUGGGACAGCGCCCUGAUCUUCAGAGCGUGGAAGACUUCUUCGCCAGUCUGUCUUCAAACCAGUCGUCGACUAUGGAGUCGCGGAAACAUCCAAGACUGUAUAAAAGAAGUACUAAACAAGCUGCUUCACAACUAAUACAGCAAUCUACGUCAAAUUCGAAUACUCCUUCUAUUCCUCCUCCCCAACCCCAAUCGCUUGGCACCAUGCCAGUGGCAGUUAAUGCAGCAACAGUGAUGGACCCCCAAACAUCAUACCCCGGCUUCAACGAAUCGGAUUUCUAUGGAGCGUCUCCCCAAAACUUCGGUCAAUCAAUCUUUGAUUACAGUCUUAUUCCAGAUCUUCUUCCACAGCUUGACCAGAUUGAUAGAAAUUUCGUCCAGGGGGCUUAUACCCCUUUAGACCUACCCAGUCUCGCCACGGGAGACAUGAAUUUUCUGAACACUCAAAAUAUCAGCAGCAACACAGCUGCAACUGCUAUCAACGAAAAUAGCCCUACCAAUAAUCCUAAUAACAACAAUAUCGCCACGACUACCACUACUACUGCGAUCCCCAGCAGCAAUAGCGCUAACAACAUUUCGGAAUCAAUCUGGACCGACCCCUUCACGCCCUCUGGAACGGGCGAAAUUACCCAGCCAAGCGCUUGGUUUCUGCCAUUUAACCUCGACCCUAUGACGGCGGGUAUGCUUGGGGAUGCCGAUAGCAGCAAUGUUCUUAAACCGGGAGGGAGACAAGCCGAAGUCCGUCCCUGGCGAUAA